AAGAAUUUAUUGCGACACCGGGCACAUUCAGGGAUGAUCUUAUACAUGAAAAACAUAUGUCUAUGGUUUAUACACCUGGAAUACCUCCACCCGAAUCACAUGCGCGAACUUCUAUGUAUGGAGUUCCUGUGCUUGGAAAUAAUUAUCAUAGUUCAUAG